AUGAAUAAUCCACAACAACAGCAUCAAUUACAACAACAACAACAGCAACAACAGCAACAGCAACAACAACAACAGCAACAACAGCAACAACAGCAACAAUUGCACCAGCAACAACAUCAGCAACAACAGCAACAUGUUCAUCCACAGUAUACUUUACCAGGUGUAAUGCAUUACCUACAAACUCAAUUUACAAAAAACGAGAGAGAUCGAAUCUCUUGGGAAUUGGAAAGAUCUGAGAUGAAGGCAAGAAUUGCUCAAUUAGAAGGUGAAAAUAGAGACUUACGAUAUCAAUUGAGUAAUAUAUUGAUUAAUAAUGAUAUUGAAUUGGACGAAUCAAAUUCACAUUUAGCUUCACAUUUAAACUUAGCUCCAAGUUCAAGUGCAAGAUUAAACGCAGAUGAUCCAUCACCAUUAAUUAGAGCAAGAAUGGCAGUUCAAGAGAAUGUUAAAGAAAUUAUAUAUCUACUGAAAAGUGCCGAUAUAACUUCAAAAUUAGAAACUGUCAACAAUAGAGAUCCACAGCUUCAUAAGAUGAAACAAAUGAAUAUUAAUACAAACUCAGAACCUUCACUCAACGGUGGGUUUAAUUACUCAAAUGAGGGAUUUACUAAUGUUAGUGAUCAUCAACAAUCGGCUUUAGAUGACGCCUUGAAUUAUCAUAUACAUUCUAAUAACAACGCUAAAGAUGAUAUAAUAGAUGAUAAUAAUAGUGUUAACACGGAUUUACAAUCAGAAACAGCAACUAUCACAAUGGAAGAUAACUUAUUAGAAACUCAUGGUGAUGAUUUUGUAAAUAAUUUACCAGACUAUGAGAAAACCCGAUUCAAACAAAUAUUUGGUAACGAUAUUAUUCAGCCAAAUACUAAUGACAAUAAAUCUACUCAUGAUUUAUUAGAAGAUGAUAAAUUGACAGAAAAAUUUCAGGAUACUGUAUCGACAAAAGUUUUCGAGAAUAUAAAUGAAUCUGAAAAUGAUAGCAUGUCUUCAAUUUCAAUGAUUAAAGGAUUUCAAAAUCAAAUAUUAAUAUAUACAGAUAAUGGCUCAUUAAAUGAGUUGACAUUCACUUCAAGUUUACAAAAGGAUGACUUGGAAUUAAGAUCUAUAUUUUCAAACAUAAACGAUAGUUGUAAUAAUUUAACCGGUAAUAAUAAAAUUUUGGAUUUUACUUUAGUAGAUCUAGAUAAAAUUUUAACAGUAGAUAAUGAAGGUUUGAAAUUAUGGGUUAAAGAAAGUUCUUCACCUUUAUCGAAAUUAAAUAUAUUUAAAAAUCCGGAUGAAAUGGAGAGCGAUUCAAAUGAUGAGGAAAUUAAUAAUGAUCUUAAUGGCAUAAAGAAAAGUAAUUCGAAUGAAAAGAGUUCUACACCAUCACUUAUCCCAAUAACCGUAAAUGAAAUCAAAUCGAUUAAAUUGAAAAAUAGAUGGUUACUCAUGACCACAGAAUUAAUGACUUAUGUUUUAGGAAUAAAUAUCCAUGAAUCAAAUGGCACUUCAAAAAUCAUUGUUGAUAAGAGAUAUAAAAUUGAAAAUACAAAAUCAUUAUUGUAUGCUAUAUUAGGUAUGACAGAAAAAUCAUUCAUUGCAUUACAUUCCAGUCCUUACGAAUUAGCCAUAUAUGGAUUUAAUGGAAAAAUUAUUCAAACCAUCAGUAUUGAUAAGUUAAUUAAAAGCUCUUUUAGUGCAUAUGAUAAUGCAGAGCCUGAAAUUAGUGAGCAUGAUAAUAAACUCACACUAUGCUUGAAUAAAGAAAGUUCGAAACUGUUAGUUCAAUUCAAUCAAUUAUUAUUAGUUUAUUCAUUUGAUCAAAAAAAAAUAAUUAUGAAAUUUAAACUGGAUAAAAUUCCAAAUCAAAUUAUAUUUCAAUCUAUGAUCGACUAUAUUAUUAUAUCAUAUAAUGAUGGAUCCAUUGAAUUGAGAAACCUCAAAAAUUUGAAAGAGGUUUUAAAAUCAUACAAUCAUUUUGAACCUUUGGAUAGUUCUUCAACAGAGGGGAAAGAAUCUGUAAGGGGUAAGUUAUUAGCAUUAGAGGCUCUUAGAUAUGACUCAGACCCAUUCAUUAUUUCAGGUGGUCAGGAUGGGAUUAUAAAAAUUACUAGGAUAAAUAUUUAA